CGACUUUGUUUACAAAUGGCGGUCAAUCGAAAAUUUUGCUCAAGUUGAAACAAGCAAUCUCAGAGUUUAAGCAAAAAGGAGGAAAGUUAUGGUUGUCAAGUAAAAGUAUGCUUAUAUCCAAAGCAUGGAGAUCAGUUCUGGAAACAGCUGGAGGGAAUUAGCUGCUCAGAAGGAAAAAGAAUGGAGAGAUGUUACUGAACAGAGGAUACUAACCCUAGAACAAACAUGUGCUGAAAAAGAAAAGCUCCUGAAUGAAGAGAGGGGAAAGUUUCUUAAAUUAAAAGAAGACUUCAAGUACAACCUGAAACUUCUGGAAGAGAGAGACCAUGAGUUGGACAGAUAUGACUCAUCAUUUUCAGAUGCUAAGGCCCAGUUAAAUGCAAAGACAGCAGAAGUCAGUGAAUGUAAAAUACUCGUUGAUGAGCUCAAAACCCAGAUCAACUGCGAGGCAAAGUCUAGGGAAGAGCUGCAGCUGCAUUAUCAAGCAAGACUACGAGAGAAGCAGGCAGAAAUUGAUGCAUACAGAAACACAAAGGAUGGCGAGAUGCAAGAAGAACGCAAAGAGUUUGAAUCGAUCAAGCGGAAACUGCAGCGUCAGCUUACGCAGGUUGAGGAAGAAAUGGACUCUCAGAAAAGGGAGAUCACUGCAGACUUUGAGGAGGCAAUGAGGAAACGGGAACACGAGUUUCGAAUAAAAUCAGAUGAGUUGAACGCAAAAGUGCUAGAGUACGAACUGAAGGCAAAGCUGCUGGGCAAGGAGCUAGAGCUGUCCAAGGUGGCCCAACAGAAGAACAGCCAGGAGUUCUCGCAGGCAGAGAACCACCAGAGGAACCUAGAGAAGAAAGUGAAGGAGAGAGAGUGGGAGAUACAGGACAUGAGGGCCUUGAAAGAUUCAUGUAUUUCAGAGCUCGAGAGCCAACUGCACCAGAAAGAUCUCGCCAUGACAAGACUGCAAGAGGACUACAACAGAAAACACUCAGAAUUGGACAAAUACUGCAGAGAAAAAGAGACGGCGCUUAGUGCUGCUAAAGAAGCGUUCACUGCCAGAGACACUGAGCUUCAAAACGAGAUUCGUAAUCUGCAGACAAAGUGUGAAGACUGUCAGGUUGAAAUACGCAAACUACAAUGGGCCAAUCAGGAUUUAGAAAAAGAAAAACACAGUGCUCUUGAAAAAUAUGAAGAACAAGCAUGCCAUCUUAGGGAGCAGUGGGACCGCCAGCUGGGGGAGGUGUCAAGGGGUCAGGUGAGCAAGGACCUGGAGCUGCAGGCCCUUAGGGAGAGUGAGGACAAGCUGAGGUCAGAGGUCGCCCAGAAGAAGGAGGACAUUGACAGGUAUAAGAAGGAACUGAGUGCGGCGGUUGAGCGGGAGUCCAAUCUGGAGAGGAGCAAGGCCCAGUUGGAGCUGGACUGGCAGAGACGGGUGGAGGACCUGGAGAGACUGCAGUACGAGAAGUCAGAGGACCUGGUCAAGAAACUCACAUGCUCCAGGGAUGAGGCUCAGGCACAAUUGAAAGAAAAGACAAGGGAACUUGAGCAGAGAGAGAGGCUGAUACAUGUUCUGCAAACUGUGAGAGAGCAGUGUUUGGCUGCCCUGAAAGAACAUGGUAUCUCAUUGGACAAGAGAGUAGAGAUUGACCUUAAGAAAUGUGCUCUAGUGAGCAAAGAAGAGUUUGAAAGCCUGCAAGACCAGAACAGCAACCUAAAACUGGUUAUCAGAGAAAUGCGUGCACAGAUGGAGCAGCUGGGUCACAAAUUGCCCAGUCCCAGGGAACCAGACACCGUCAAAGUUCAAGGUCAUGGAGUCAACGAAGACUACGUGAAAGAUCUGGAACAGGAAUGCAGGAAGCUUAGACAGCAGAACCGUGAGUUGGAACAGGACAGUGAUGUUGCUAGGAGGUUUGGGCGACCACCAGUUGCCAUGGUUACCAACCAGGAGGAGGUGCUUACAGAGGUCAAGGACAAUAUGCUGGUCAAGACUCACAUACAGUCCCUCAACGAUCUCAUAGGCUCCCUGCGUGCAGAGAAGGUGGAGUUAUCAGCUCAGGUGAAGAAACAGCAGGCAAACAUUCUGUUCCAUGAGAAAGCAGUUGAGAAACACCAGAAACAGAUAAGGGAAAAGCAGGUGGAGGUAGAUCAGCUGCAGUAUGAGCUGGGGGCGAUCACCAGGCGCAGUCAAACGGAGGUGGCAAGCCUGCGCCAGAAGGUGUCCGACUUUGAGCUGCAGCUGCUGGAGGCCAGAAAAGAGGCAGAUGAGUACUAUCGUAGCAACCUGGAACGAAACAUGGAGGUCACCAGCCUGGGGCAGGAGCUGUCCAAUCUGAAGCUGCAGCUGUCAGAGAAGCGUCCAGGUAUCAACUACGGCGCCCAGGAACUGCUGAUUCAGCAACUUCAAGACGAGAUCAUGACUCUCAGGCACCAAGGGGCCGCAUUAGGGGGCAGUGGGUCCGAGAGCGGGUCGCAGCAGGGUUCGCAGGUGAGGAGCCUGCAGGGGAAGUUGAGGGACGCGGCCAAGAAGAUCACGGAGCUGGCCAAGGAGCGACACCAGCUCAUAGAGAUGGGCAACAAGCUGAGGGCUGAGCUGAUGAAAGCUGGAGUUGAGCCAUCAUCAAUUGGCCCCAGCAGUGCACGACCCACCCAACCUUUCUAUCGACCAAUCAGAGACCAGUAUUCUGAUCAUGUGACUCCCUCCCACGAUGCCUCUGAUCAGCAGAACACCAGCAAACUGAACCAGCUGGAGAAACUUCAGUAUGAACUUACAAGACAGCAACUGCAGUACGCUCAGAGGUACCAGAGAGGACCAGGUGACACACAGACAACUGUUUCUCAGAAAGAGAUGCGGGACACACAGGCCGGUCUGUCAGACACGGAGGAAUAUAGACCCCCGUCCAUCUUGAAGAAACCCAGUCAUCUCAGGGAGUCCGUGGAUACUGAGAUUGAUGUCCAUGCUAGUGUGAACACUGAAGGAGGGGAGACAAUUUACAGCGUCCCAACUGCACGUUCCCAGCUCCUGUUGAGCAUGUCCUCGAUGGGCGGGGAGUCCCUGCAGGAGAUCUGGAAAAUGCUGGACAAUAGCCGACCUUCUCCCACACCUCGGACAGCCAGUCCACAGAGACAGGGAAAUGUAAGUCAAAUGAGCCAUGACAGCCAAACAUCAGAUGUAAAUAUGAACAGCAAUAGCAGUGGCAACAAAAACAACAAAGACAGUUUAUACUUGUCAGGCAAACAGACAGGGCAACAAAAGGCAAAACUGGAAAGAAAAUUGUCCGACAAAGCCGUAGGAAAAGUGUUCAAAAAUGUGCCUAGCAAAACAAAAAUUAGAAACUAUAAUUUAAAAGAGGAUGAAGUCAGUAGUGGCAGAUAGAUUUAAUCUUCUCAUUAAAUUUGUUUUCUUAUUUAUGAAGACAUAGGUAUAACAUGUAGUACAAACAGCUGAACAUAAUAUUUGUAGAGUGUAGACUAUAACAAUACCACAAAACUGUGAUAUGUUUUAUGUAGGUUUUCAUUUACGUUUUACAGAAAUUAACUAGGUAUUAUAUUCUGUGUAGUCAGAUAUAUUUGGAUGGCCAGUUGUAUAAGCUUAUAAUCUUUUUACAAUGAACCACCUCAAUAGCUACAAAAUGUAUAACAUGAAAUAAAUUAUUUUCACGCACUAACGACAUUUCAGUUGUAAAAGUGAUUUGUGGACGUAAAAUGAUAGCCCACCUUUGAGGAUUUAUUAUGGAAACUAUGAUUAGUACACAAUGUGUUUGUAUUUCAUUCUUAAUCUUAGCAAGCAAUCUCUAGGCAUGAUAUACAUUGUAUAUUUAACCAUUUUUGUUUUCCUGCUAGGAUGUAUUGCCUUGAAAAAAAAUCAACAUUCAUGUCGUUUA